GGCUUUUGGAAAACUUGGGCUUCUUAAAGGGUAAACGGGAAUGGUGUGUGACAUUUUUCGGACAACGGUAGCCAGCAAGGCAGCCGAAGAACGAAGAGAGAGACUCUUUCUGUCUGUCUGUCUUUCUUCUCUCUCUCUCUCUUCGGUCGAUGGCAGGUUCCCAUCGUAAGAUUUCAGCUGCAUCAGCGAGGGCUCACACCAGGAAAUCAAAGCGAGGUUACAAUUUCCGAUUUUCCGCAGGUUUUUUGUCAAAGAUUGCCAUUGUGGUUUUAGUUGGAUUCUUAGCAUGGGGAUAUCGAGCGAUCCAGCCACCUCCCCCUAAAAUAUGCGGAUCUCGAGAUGGUCCUCCUAUUACUGCACCUAGAAUUAAGCUCGCAGAUGGAAGAUAUCUUGCUUACGAAGAGUUUGGUGUUCCUAAAACGGAAGCAAAGUAUAAGAUUAUUUUUGUUCACGGCUUUGAUGGGUGUCGUUUUCAGACCUUGCCUGUUUCCCCGGAUGUUUUGGAGGAGAUGGGAGUGUACUUAGUGUCCUACGACAGACCCGGAUAUGGAGAGAGUGGCCCAGAUCCCAAUCACUCAGUGAAGAGAAAAGCUUUUGACAUUGAAGAGUUGGCAGAUCAGUUGCAGUUGGGAUCAAAAUUUUAUGUGAUUGGAUUCUCCAUGGGAGGUCAUUCUGUCUGGAGUUGUCUUAAAUACAUACCUCACAGGAUAGCAGGAGGAGCACUAAUUGCUCCAGUUGUUAACUACUGGUGGCCUAGUUUCCCUACUAAUUUGUCAAGAGAAGCUUACAACAAGCAGCUUUUACAGGACCAGUGGGCCCUUCGGGUUGCUCACUAUGCUCCUUGGCUUACGUAUUGGUGGAUGACUCAAAAAUGGUUUCCUUCUUCUAGUGUUGCAUCGAAAGAUCCUAGAGUUUUUACUUCUCCAGAUAUGGAGUUGAUUCACAAGUUGAGAGACUUGAAAACGUGUUCUCAGGGUUAUAGUAGACAGCAAGGUGCCUAUGUUUCUAUCCAUCAAGAUAUGAAUAUUGGAUUCGGAAGCUGGGAAUUUAAUCCUAUGGAUCUAGAUAACCCAUUUCCUAACGGUGAAGCUUCUGUUCACCUCUGGCAGGGGGAUGACGAUGGCCUGGUUCCAGUAUCUCUGCAGCGCUACGUUUCUGAAAAGCUUCCUUGGGUGCACUACCAUGAGAUCAGAGGUGCAGGCCAUCUUCUCAUCUUUAGAGAUGGUUUUAGCGUGGAAGUUUUGAAAGUGCUUUUGCAAGGAGAAUAAUAAAGCCUACUGCUUUUGAGUUUUGACUGCGUCCAUGAUUCUGUUCUCCAUUUUGCCUCCAUCUUUUUCCCUUUCCCUUUUGAUUCUGUACGCCAGCUUGCUUCCUCUUUCUUUUUCUCCUUUUUCCCUUGCAGAUUCUAAACACGUGGUUGCCAGUUAAUUAUGAGCUUCUUUUUGUAAUA